GAUUCUGCUGAUUACAAUGUUUCAAAUCAUGAUCAAAACACUGAAACAUCUGUAAAUAAUCGUUCUUCGCCGUCUUCGCUAUUUUCUGGAAUUAAGUCAGUAGCCUUUGAUGUAUCAUCUUAUUGGGCAAAGCAUUUACUAGAUGUCGCAAGCAAUUAUGAACAAUGGUCUGAAGCAGCAAAAAUGUUAGAUCAGCUUGAAGGUAAAUUAAAAAUGAUAUUUAAUGUAAAUAAAAUUGCGGUCUUUCGGAAAGAUCUGUGGAAGAACGAUGCAAAAUCACCUGACUAUGAUUAUGAUCUAUUGCAACAACGUCUCCAACAAUUAAAAAAAGCACGUAAAUCCGGCGAUUUAUCACAUAUGACAUUUUUAUUAAAAACUUCAUUGGCAAGAAAUUUAGGUGAUAUGGGUCAACCAAAGUGUUAUAUAGCCGAAGUAGUAAAACAAAUGAAUAUCAUAUGUGACACAGAAUCUGAUGAUAUAUCAACUAAAGACAAACUUGAAUUCUUUAUUAACACGAGGCAAUCUUUUGGAAGGACCGCCCUUUUAUUGAGUGGAGGCGCUACAUUUGGUAUAACACUUAGUUCUUCUGAAUUUCAUUUGGUACGAAUUCUGCUUGAUUUAAUUCCAUUUGAACAUGUCGGCUUACAGCUAAAUGCGGCAUCCUGUUCUAUUCCCUGCAUAUAUAAUUCUGUUCCAUUGAUGGCAAAGGAUAAAACGGGUAAAGUAGUCCCAUGGAACCCUUCAGGUGAUUAUCGUCAUCUUUUCAUGGUCCCGAAAUUCCCCAAAUUUUUAUGUAGUGCUAAUAACUUUGGUACACGUAUUAAGGUCAUCGAUGGAUUGAUGGAUCCGUUGAGAAGUGCGUAA